UUUUUUUUUCUCUGUUUCUUUUCUAGUAUGAGUCAACUUCAAUAUCCAGCUUUAUAUGACUUUCCACCUUUUUUCACACGUCAAAUCACAGAUGCUACUUGGAAAAGUCAAGUUGCUCAAUGGGAAACCUUUAUUUUAGCUUAUGCUCGACAAAACAGACUCUUUCGACUCGAUGUUCAUCAAGCUACAACACCGGGAGGAUAUGCUAUAUUUGAAAAUAAAAAAAUAAAUCGAAAUUUGUCAUUUGAAACUCUACAGAGUAUUAUAGAUGAAAUGGCACAGAAAGGUACAGCUGAAUGGGAAGGAGGAUCAAAGGGUGGCAAGACAGAAGCACUUUUGUACUGGCAUACACCUGAAGAUUGGGCUAAUUUAAUCUGGGAUUGGAUUAAUCAAACAGGUCAAAAUAAUCAAAUUGUAACAUUCUAUGAAUUGACGCAUGGUGAAUUAGCAGAAGAUCAAGAAUUCUUUGAAUUAGAUAAGGCUAUUUUAAGCAAAGCAUUAAACAUUCUUGUCAAAAGAGGAAUUGCUCAGAUUUUUAAAGGAACAGACGAAGAUAGUAUGGGUGUUAAAUUCUUUGGAUCACAAUAAAAAAAAGGAGACAU